AACUCGGAAUAGCGAAAGGUCGUUGGCUUAUUUGAACAACCAAAUCCACUGACUAAUUCCUGGAUCUGAAUAUUCCGUGAUUGUGUGUAAAUAGGGAUUAGGUGCAAAAAUGUGUGACUAUGAUUUCAAAGUGAUAUUGGAUUUGUUACUAUGGUGAAUAUGAUGUGUGAGGUCGAUGGGUUUGGAAAUUGAUGGGGAUUUUCCCCAGUGAAAGAAAGUGAAUCGCGAGUUGAGGUCAUUGACGAGAAACGAAAGUUGAAUUUCUCUCAUGCCAAGUUGGAUUCAUCCACAGGUUUGCUCAGUUCAGUUUGUUCGCCAACCCGAGAAACAAUGCGGUGCUUCAUCCUUUUGGCUUGUCUCACUUUGGCCUUUGCAAGGCCGCAAGAUGAGGCUGCCAGCCCUGAUUCCUCAGAGAUUCAACCUCAAGAUAUUCCAAGUUCAGAAGAACCAACACUAAUUGAAACUAUCGAUUUUACCGAGGACGAAUCUGUUUCUGAUGAAGACAAAGACAAACCCACGGAAACUAAUAUUGACGAGUGCUCAGGCGUUGGAGAUUGCGAGCCAUAUCAUUACUGUUUCAGUAAUUACUGGGCUGACAGUUCGGUUUGUGAGACCAACAACUAUAAGCAAGAUUACGCUACGGCCGUGUAUUGUCUAGGAUUGGCACAAGGUGGCGCUAUUGAAUAUCCCGUCCACGAGCACUGUCAAAAGGAAGACGCCAAAAAUAGGGGCAUCACUACACAAGAGAGUACUUAUCGUUGUUUCCCAGAAUUGGGAUACACUUGCGCUGACUCGUAUUACAUGCCAUGCAGUCCUAACUACAAUGACGAGGGUCAAAUCAUUGUAGGUCAAGAAGAGUCCUGUCCGGAUAAUUUCACAUGUCAAGAGCUCGAGUAUAAAAAUGGUGGGCUAACGAAAGUUUGCGUGGCUGACCAGCCUGAUGCCACUCGAUUUGACUCCGGUGAAGCUGUUCAAUGUGAGAAGGCCAAUGAUUGUGGAUAUUCCGAAAUUGAAGGAGCUUGGACCAAUUGUUAUGAUGGGCAGUGUGCUCAUGUUCAGUUUAAAUAAUAUACGAAACGUAAAUCCUACUUGGCCGAUAAUAAAAUGUAAACCAUUGGUUUAUGCGGGCGAAAACUUUGAUUUACCGAGUGGAUUUCGUCAUGAAAACGUCUUAUAAAAUUGCAAUAAUUCACCGACAUUUUUAACUGCGAUUUAUGACCUUAAAUCGUUGCCAGAGGGGAUAUUAAGUCAAGUAUUGCAAAAGAAAAUAGGCCCGCUAUUUACACUUCAAAGUUGCAAA